AUGACUUUCGAGAAGGGCGUCACCGAAAUCGCGGACUCGGAUGAUGAUCCGAUGACGUCGCCACCUGGUGUUGUUCCGGAUGAAGCGGGCGACAAGCAUUGCGCAGUGUCCAAUGUUCCGUACCAAGAGCGACAAGACGCGUCGCGCGAGGCAGAUGGCCUCCAACAAGCAUUCGCCGAACGCGAUGCCAGCACAACUGAAGUCUUGGGCGCCGAUACCACCAAUUCUCCAGUUGAUGUCGACGCGUCAAGAAUCGAUCAGACUAACAUGAUACCCAAUGAGACAACUGCAGCGCAAAGCGAGGAAGGAGCGACUGUCGAAAGUGGCAGUCAUGGCCUGGAACUCCACACACAAAUACAUCCACAACAGCUAGAAUCGACGACCAGAGACAAGUCAAGUGGGCCUCACGUGAUGGUCGUUCCAACUGAAAACGGGGAUCCAGUUGCCAAGGAUGUCGAAUCUGACCCCUCAGCCUGCGGUGACGAACAGCAGCCACCUGUAAGCCAUGCCAGUCCAUCUUCUGCCGAACAGGAAGUAGCUGAGGCUAUUCAAUCCACCAUGGCGGAUGCGACGUUGAAGGACCGAUCUCGGCCGACCGCAACAGCUGCCAGCAUGCAGUCGAAUACGACAAGGAUUGCAUUAGGCUCGUCAGGCGACGCAGGUCCUGCUGCGACCAUGCCGGACGACUACACCAGCUCCACGCUCCAUAGGGUUCAAGACACUGAAGCUACGCCUCCUGAUGCGCGAAUGCACAUCAACACUAGCGAAGCUGCCAUGAUUGAAAACGGAUCUAGCUCUGAGAUCGGCCAGGAACAAACUUCCCGAAGCACAUCCGUGGACCAGCAACCAUCCGCAGAAGAAGUGGCAUUACCGAAAGAGAGCGCAGGCUCAAGUUUUGGUGCUAGUUCACCAAUCGCUGAACUAUCUACCCAUGCCCAACCACACGCUGACGCCCAACGCUUGUCAUCGCCCAUCCCAAUGCAUCCAUCGAGAACACCACAGGAAGUCACUCUUGACAAUCUGAGGGCCCAAAAAGCUGCACUCUUGGCCUCUCUCAGUGCCCUUCCAGCGAUCCAAGUGCUGAUGGAAGAGAACGCUCUUUCAGAUGCCGAAUCAGGCGAUGCUAGCGAUGAACCUACUGAGACCGAUGUCAUGGCAGCCGCAAACAAAAUCGUGAAAGAGCACAUCAAAUUACUACACGAAUACAACGAGCUGAAAGAUGUGGGUCAGGGGUUGAUGGGCCUUAUUGCGGAUCAGCGGGGCGUACGGAUAGUCGAAGUUCAAGAGGAGUUCGGCAUCGAUGCGCAGGACUGA